CCCCACUUCCCCGUUAACUCGGACUCAGUAGAGAAUAUCAGAUCUCAAAAUAAUGAAGAUUGUUACCAGAAAAAUCAUCACUCAUACUUCCCUUAUUUCACUUCUUCAUGUAUAUUUCUUCAACUUCAGACGAAUAACUUACACAUGGCUUGUUUGAAUCUGGGUACAAAACCUGAUGCUUUUCGUCUUGACGACCAUACCUGGCAAUGUAUAGGCGGGCUUCCAAGUGAUGUCACUAUUGAGAUUGGAGGAACAUCCUUUAAUCUCCACAAGUUCCCUUUGAUUUCAAGAAGUGGGCUGUUGUCAAAGCUAAUAGGCGACAACAGUCCUAACGAAGAUGGACCGAUUUGUGCUAUACAUCUUAAUGACAUACCUGGUGGAGCUAAAGUAUUUGAACUUAUAGCCAGAUUCUGUUAUGAUGUAAAACUAGAGGUCACAUCCCACAACGUUAUCAGCCUUCGCUGUGCUGCAGACUACCUCCAAAUGACGGAUGACUAUGGUGACGAAAACCUAAUUACACAAACCGAGCUCUUUCUAAACCAAGUGUUUACCACAUGGUCGGACACCAUGAACGCUCUUGAAAGCUGUGAGGAAGUUUAUACAGAUGCGGAAGAGCUUGAUCUUAUCUCAAGGUGCAUAGAUUCUUUAGCAGUGAAAGCUUGCACGGAUCCUAACACAUACAGCAUGCAUAAUCCGUGCGUAGAUUCUUUAACUGACAACUGGUGGUAUAAAGAUGUAUCGUUUCUUAAUCUACAUUUAUACAAACGCGUAAUUCAAGCAAUGGAAGCAAACGGGAUGAGGCCCGAGAUAAUAUCCGGGUCAAUCGUGGGCUAUGCAAAGAAAUACAUACCGUUAAUGAACCGACAAUCGAGUUUUAACGAUGCAAGCCAUUCUAAACCGGUCUACACACCAUCAGAAGCCGAUCAAAGGGCACUUCUGGAAGAAAUUGUUGGGUUACUUCCAAACCGAAAAAAGAUUGUCAGCACUAAGUUUCUCAUACGGCUGCUUCGGUCCGCCAUGGUGUUACACGUGAGCCCAUCGUGUAAGGAAAAUCUCGAGAGACGCGUUGGAGCCCAGUUGGACUCGGCCCAUGUAGACGAUGUACUGAUACCAAACCAAGGUUUUAAUUCGAUAGAUACGUUGUAUGAUGUCGAUUGUUUUCAAAGAAUGCUUGAUUACUUCAUGUCUAUGGAGUCUUCUAGUAUCCAUAAUUCUCCGUGUAUAGUCGAAGAAGGGUUCGAGGAUGUACCCCAAUCUUUGACAUCUGUAACAUCAGUAGCUAAUCUGGUUGAUUUGUUUCUUGCUGAUGUGGCUGCUGAUGUUAACUUAAAGUUAAGUAAAUUUCAAUCGGUUGCGGCUGGUGUUCCCGACUAUGCUCGUCCUCAAUCCGAUGGCAUUUAUCGCGCAAUCGAUAUCUUUUUAAAGGCACAUCCGUGGCUAGCAGACUGCGAACGAGAGCAAAUAUGCCGAUUAAUGAAUAUACAGAAGCUAUCGUUGGACGCUAGCACACAUGCGGCUCAAAACGAGAGGCUUCCGCUUAGGGUCAUUGUUCAGGUGCUUUUCUUUGAACAGCUGAGGCUGCGUACAUCGAUAGCUGGGUGGUUUUUCGUGUCGGAAAAUGAAGAUCAAAUGAGCAACAUAAACGAGGGUGAAGUGGUUCGUGCACAGGAGGCGCCGUGGAGAAUGAGUGAGAUGCGGGAGCGGGUUCUUGAGCUUGAAAGGGAGUGUGAGAAGAUGAAGUUUGAGAUUCGGGAAGUAAAGAGCAAAAAAAGUUGGAUCUUUUUCUGCAAGCGGAGGAGGCAUCGGCAUUAUUAGUUUCCUUUUCAUCAUUUUUGAUUAAUUGUUUUGCUCUUGUUAUUUUUUGUUUAUUUAUACCAUAACUAACUUUUUU